UCCCUUCCCUGUUCCAUGUUUUUUCCUCCCCCCCCCCCUUCAUCUGGAUAUCUGAGGACAGCUGGGAAUGGUGAGGAAGAAAUCCUGCCGCACUGUAACCUGCAGGUUUUUACCUACACCUGUGAUGUGGGAAAGAGGGAGAAUGUCUACUUGACGGCCGAAAGGGUCCGCAAGGAGGUUGGCGAGGUCUCAGUCCUGGUGAAUAAUGCCGGUGUGGUCUCGGGGCAUCACCUUCUGGAAUGUCCUGAUGAGCUCAUCGAGAGAACCAUGAUGGUCAAUUGCCACGCACACUUCUGGACCACGAAGGCUUUCCUUCCUACGAUGCUAGAAAUUAAUCAUGGUCAUAUCGUGACAGUUGCGAGUUCCUUGGGAUUGUUCAGUACCGCCGGAGUAGAGGAUUACUGUGCCAGUAAAUUUGGAGUCGUGGGUUUCCAUGAAUCCCUGAGCCACGAGUUAAAGGCUGCUGAAAAGGAUGGGAUUAAAACAACGUUGGUUUGCCCUUAUCUGGUCGACACGGGCAUGUUCAGAGGCUGUCGGAUCAGGAAGGAAAUUGAGCCAUUCCUGCCCCCUCUGAAGCCCGAUUACUGUGUGAAGCAGGCCAUGAAGGCCAUCCUCACCGACCAGCCCAUGAUCUGCACACCCCGCCUCAUGUACAUGGUGACCUUCAUGAAGAGCAUCCUCCCUUUCGAAGCCGUCGUGUGCAUGUACCGGUUCCUAGGAGCAGACAAGUGUAUGUACCCCUUUAUCGCUCAAAGAAAACAAGCCACAAACAAUAACGAAGCAAAAAACGGAAUCUAAGAAGCUUCUUUUGUGCGGAAUAUCACCAUCAAGAUGUUUCAGUCCGAUCCACAGCCGCGUUACCCACAUUCUCUGGAUUCGAAAUCAUGUCGACUUUUUUUUUUUUUUUUAAAUCCACUUUUUAAAAAAAAAAUAAAGUGUAGAUUCACCGACUAGAGGACUUGGAAAAUGGGAUCCGCGAAAGCGAGCUCACGUUGUUGCCAAUGGGGUCCUUUCUGGGCAGAAUCCCCAAAACCAGUCACAUCUUUUAGACAAGCACUGUGUGACAUUUCCAGGCUACCGUUAUUUUUUUUUUAAUGAGCAGAAAGUCUAGAGAUGAUAACAACAGUGUGUUUCAUGUGCGUGGUUUUUCCUAAUCCCCAUAGAGUUUAUUAAUUCUUGUCCUUAAACUCUAGCCAGUUGACACCCUUGCAACUUCAAGGACUGAUAGCGCUCUAUUUUCUCAUGUUUUCUAAGUUUCGGCUUUGCAAAGCCUGGGUGGCUUUUCCAUGGUGAUUGUGUGUGUACAGCGCUUUUCAAAAAGAAUUAUGAAAUCUCCAUCCUUUUGAAUUAAAUGCUAUUUGAUUGUUACAGUAAAGGUGAUCAGGUCUCUUUUUUUAAGGUCACAGCGACUGAGGUAUUAGCCGAAUUUUAAAUUGUAUCUCUGAAAUCUUUCCUUAAGUAUCUAUUACUCUGGAGACCUAGGUAUCAAAAAAAAACAAAAAACCGUACAUUUUCUACCUAUGAAUUUUGCUGCAUACAGAAAGUGCCCUUGCCUCAGGAAGCUGCUGGGUUUCAUUUUUUGGAUGGACUUUAAUCUAGAAUCCACAGCAGCUCUGCAAAGAAAGCGUUCUAAAAAUGGGAACUUUGGCAUUUUAAAAAGUCCCCAUUUUUGUGCCAACUAUGAUUAGUGAGGGGGAAAAUCUUAUCCUCUGGAGUACGUAUGGAAGGGUGUAAAGAUUCUUUUAAAAGUUUUAUUCACCUUGUAGAACCGCAAAUGACAUUUUUACAGUAUUUUUUUGUAAAGCAGACUAUUUUGUGCCUUGAAUUUGGUAAAUGUGUAUUAGUGAAACAUUGUAAAAGUGAACUUCUACCUCUGUAUCUUAAUGUAUACCAUCCACUUGUAAAUUACUAUAAACUAUUAUGUGACUGCCUUUUUUUUUAGAAUGUCUUGUUUAAACAGCGACCAAUGUUUAAGGCUAUUAAAAUAAGCCAUCUUUUACUAAUUAAUUGGGAAGUUUUAUAAAGGACUGAUUAAAUUUAAAGAAUUAACUUACAUGCAACCGAGUGUGUGUUUAUUAGUUAUCAGUAGCGUUGUAGGGAAAAUCAUCAUGGUUUUUGUUUUUUUUUCUCCGUGCCAUAUCCCACCUUAGUUAAAGAAAAGUGUUUGAAUGGGAUAAUGUUCAGGAACAGAUAGACAUUAGCGGCUUAGGGGGCCAUAUACUCAAAUGUCCAAUGUUUCCAUCUGCUAACAUUAGAUCCUUUACAGGGGCUUGUUUAUAUUAAAAGUAGGAAAAUAGAAAGGCUCCCGUGACCUGUGUGUUUGCACCACAGACGAAAUCUGCACUGUACCCACAACUAUUGUCCCCAUCGUUGGUCUUUAUAAGGAACAGUUUCAUGCUAUGUUUGAAGUUCUCUUUAGAGAUGAUAGCCAAGCCCGAGGCCAUUAAAACAACUGAGGCCCUGGCUGCCUCUUCAUUUUCCAUUUGGGAUUGAAAGGACUUGGAAGUAGAAUCCUAACGAGGUGGGCGGAGACAUUUCAGAGGUGGUCCAGGACACCUCCGAGUGAGCCCCGACCGAGCACCCUCAGAACACCCUAGAGAAAUCUGUUCUCCUUUAACCACCCAUUUACCCAUCUCAAGACGAAGGAAAGUCUUCCUUACGUUUACUUUUAUUCUCAUGUGUUGUAAUUUAAGCCUCUUUCUAUUUUUGUUUGUUACUGCCCUUGUAAGAUUGUCCAUCGCUGAGUUCAAUAAACCUAAUUCAUUUAA